GCAGUAAAUUGUUCUGAUUUUAUUUGAUUGGUCUGUGGGAUCAAUCUUAGAUCAGAAUCCAGAUUUGUGCAUGUUUGAAUCAAUCAAUAGCUUAGUGGUAAUAGAGUCGGUUCCAAAGUUGAAGGUCUCGAGUUCGAACCACAACCAUGGCUCAAAAGACAAAAAGUAUAUAACGAACUAUUGCAAUACCUUUACCAACAUUGUAUGUUGCACUGACAGAUCAACAAUCAUAUGUUAUUUCGUAGAGACGAUGGAACAAGAGAUAUUAAGUGUGAUUUCAAGUGGUGAAGUGAAAGCAACUUCAGAAGUUUCAGAUUCAAUUAGCACCAGUCACCCUGCAAAAAAGCGCCUAAGAAGCGGCAGCAACGGCACCUCCUCGCAAUUCAAAGGCGUUAUGCGACAGAAAAAUGGGCAGUGGGGUGCUCAAUUAUAUGCAAACCAUACCCGAAUUUGGCUAGGGACUUUCAAGUCUGAACAAGAUGCAGCUAUGGCCUACGACAGCGCAGCAAUCAUGUUCCGUAAUGGAGACACUCAUAGGAAUUUUCCAUGGACUGACAUCACUGUCGAGGAGCCAAAAUUUCAGAGCCAUUAUAGUGCUGAAGCUGUCCUGAGCAUGAUAAGGGAUGGUUCUUACAAAUACAAGUUCAUGGAUUAUCUCAAGGCUCGCUCUCGAAGUGCAAAAGUCGAGAUUGAUCUCAACUCAGUGGGGACUUAUAGCCAUAAAGGGCUAACUUGCAAACAACUGUUCCAAAAGGAGCUAACACCAAGCGAUGUUGGUAAGCUGAACAGGCUUGUUAUCCCCAAAAAAUAUGCUGUCAAGCACUUUCCACCAGUCUCUGGAACUGAAAAAGAAAGUGCUGCUGAGUUGAUUUUCUAUGACAAGUUUAUGAGAUUAUGGAAAUUUCGUUAUUGCUAUUGGAAUAGCAGCCGAAGCUUUGUUUUCACCAGGGGUUGGAACCGAUUUUUGAAGGAAAAUGACUUGAAACCAAAUGAUGUGAUUUCUUUCUACGUAUGUGAGUGGGGAUCAAAGGAGAGAGAGGGACACAGAUUCUGCAUGAUCGACGUGAACAAAUUUGCAAAGGAUGGUGCAUUGAUUGAGACAGCCAAUCUGCAGGUUAGAGAAGUAAAUUUGCAGCUUGGAUUGGGACAUUGUUAUGGCUUUGAUGGUGAAAAGCAUGUCAAACAAGAGCAUGAAUUAAUGGCAGCACACCCUACACAAGAGCUUAAUACUGAGGGUUUCAAACUCUUUGGUAUACAAAUUAACCGAAGCAAAGAUUGA